CCCACAUAUAACUUGAGCGCAGCAGGUGAAGACCAGGCCCCUCAAAGCCCCCUAACCGCGCGCCGCGCACCAAAACGACAACAUGUCGACGACGCCUACCCCGCGCGUCCAGCUGUCAGUCGACACGGCAGUGAACCGCGACCCGUCAAACUCGCCGGUGUCGCCCUUCCCGGCGCCUCUAUCGCGGCACGACACCUCGCACGACACGUCGCACGCGCACUUUGUCAAAGAUGCCGGGUGGGACAUCCUCAAGCACCGUCCCCACAAGACACUGUUCCACUGGGCACGCGCGCUCGGCGCGACCGCUCUGGCGCGUAUCUGGCCCAUUUUGCUCUUCACCGGCGGCUGGAGCACCAUGGUCGUGCUGGUCAACCUCAAGACGAGCGUGCCAUUCCACUUCCCCAACACGAUGAUCACGGUGCUCGGUGUGUUGCUCGGUUUGACGCUCAGCUACCGCACGUCGUCGGCGUACGAAAAGUACUCCGAAGGCCGUCGCCAGUGGGCCAACAUCACGCACGCCUCGAGAACGUGGGCCCGCACUGUGUGGUUCCAUUCACAAGGCCCCGACUCGUGCGUGCCCGUCCCGCCCGAAGACCCAGACGAGCGCGCAAAGGACGAGGCCAAGGCCGUGCUGGAGAAGAAGACCUCGGUGCGCAUGGCCCUCGGGUUCGCCGUCGCCAUGAAGCACUACCUGCGCGGCGAGGAGGGUGUGCACUAUUCCGACCUGUACCCCCUCGUGUCGUUCAUCCCCUCGCUCGGCCUGCCGUCAGGCAUGGCGGGCGCCGACGCGACGCUGGGCCAGCUGCCCUCGCUCAGCGCGCACGACCACGGGCAGCACCACCACGUCGAGCUGCAGCGCGCGGAGAACGUGCCGCGGUUCCGUUUCUCGGACACGUGGAUCGCGCGCUGGGUGCGGAGGGUGUUCCGCCCGCGCAAGGAAGCCGCGCGGCGCGCGCAGAAGCGCCAGUCGAGCGCCGACGAGCUGGAUGAUGCCGAGCUCGGCGAGCUGGGCGCGCAGGUCGGGCGCCAGAACAUCCCCCUCGAAGUCACAGUCUACAUGAGCAUGUACCUCGCUGCCCUGCAGCGGCGCAAGACGCUCGACGUGCCCACGACCAACAUGCUCUUCGGGGCGAUCAACCAGCUGACCGACGCGCUCGCCAACCUCGAGCGCAUCCUGACCACGCCCAUCCCGUGGAGCUUCAACGCGCACAUCUGGGAGGUGUCGUGGAUCUACUGCCUCGCGCUCCCGUUCCAGCUGUACGCGAGCAACUUCAAGUGGAUCACGGUCCCCGCGACUGUGGUCACGACGUACAUCGUCAUGGGGUAUGCUUCGAUCGCGGAGGAGAUUGAGAAUCCGUUUGGGUACGACAAGAACGACCUCAACCUCGGCUACUUCUGCCGCGAGAUCAUCGCCAAGGAGCUCGACGCCAUCACGAGCACGCCGUUCCGCGACCCCUCAGACUGGAUGUUCAGCACGCUCAACCGGCCACUUGGUGUCUGGCAGCCAAACGCCGUCAAGUUGGCGGAUACUAGCAUUAGCGAGCUGCGGGGCAGGCUGGCGAGGGGCUCGGUUAGCUGGGUGCCGCCGAGUCGCAAGGAGUCCCUCGUGUCCGAGCCCGCAAGCAUCGCGUAG